AAACGAAGGUGAAAGUGACAGCUUUAUAUACCAAUAUAUUCCUUGACAUAAAACAAAGAAUUAUAUAGAUAUGAGAUAAGAAGAAAGAAGAAGACUAGAAUAUUCCUACGAAAGAAAACAUAAAUUAUAGAUGUGAUGGUAGGAAGACCGUGAUUUAAGGAAGGAUGGAAGGCGAACUUCCAGAAACGCGAGAGGUUCUGAGUGAACACCUGAAGGCAAAAGUUAGGUAUUUCAAUCAACCUCUUGCAGACCAGAUAACAGACAUGUUGGUGGCAGAAAGAUCAAACAGUGAGAUCAUAGAAUUACUGACGUCUGACUCUUUAUUAGAGAAAAAAGUGGAGAAGGCUGUUACGUCAUUAUAUGUACCUGAUACUGAAGUUAGAGAAACUCUUGGUGUAAUGUUAUUUCAAGAGGUUUCAGAGAUAGAACAGGAGUUGUGUGCACAGGUAACUGGCAUGCUGCUUGAACUUCCUGUCUCAUCACUUACACAGUUAUUAAAGAACCAGGAGGCACUAAAGGAAGCAGUGAUGAAGGCCAAAAGAGAAUAUCUGAAAUUCAUUACGGAAGAAGAAAUUCAAAAAUCCGAAGAAGUGCCUCCAGGAACGAAGUCAAUAAGCAAGGAAAAGCAAGAGCUGGGGGAAAUCAUAUAUGAAAAAUUGCUGACAAGCUAUCCAACGGAAGCCUCUAAGCUAACAGGAAUGCUGCUGCAGAUGGAGUAUAGGGAUCUGUUGCGCGUAAUAGCCGAGCCCAAACACCUCAGCGAAAAGGUGGAAUUGGCUCUGCGUGUUUUGCAAGGCGAAGGGAGCAGGAAAAAUUGAUGCUUUGUAUUUUUUGGAAAUGGAGUAUGAAAUUAUAUGGAAGCUAAUUUUUGUGAAUGAGAUUUUUUUUGUUGUUGUUCUGUAUAUACUAGCAUCUUACAAAUAUUUAUGACAGUUAUAGUGGCAUUGGUAAUUAUUUUGUAUAAUCUGCUUUCAAGUAAUUUUUCUUUUCUUUUGCCCAAUAAAUUUUAUAAUCUA